AUGUCGUACGUGGUGCAAGCAGGUCUCUUCGCUGGUGGCUUGGUAGUCGGAGCCGGAGGAGCUGUGCUCCUCUCUGGAUCUCGAGCGUCUGCCGUCCCGGCGACCGUGUGUACCAGCGAACAGCAAGCUCCGGGCAAGCCGAUUCUGACACCCGCACCUUGCUCUUCGUCCAAGGUGGCCGUGGUUGAUUCUGGCUACUCGUCCGACUCGCUCGGCCCGGCAGGCUAUCCCGGGCCCGUGUCCGACUUUCUGCGACACGCAGCCUACGUCUCCUCGUACGACCGUCGACUGCGUCAUCCGUCAUGGACCGCAGAACACCUCACCGCUGCGUCGCUUCAACGACCACCCAAUGCGCCCAAAUCGGAUCGAUCCAACUCUGUGUUCAAAGAGGAUACUCGCAUCCCCGAACUGUUCCGUGCCAAAAUGGCCGAUUACUUCCGUUCAGGCUACGAUCGUGGACACAUGGUGCCUGCUGCUGAUGCGAAGUCGUCACAGCUGGCGAUGGACGAAACGUUCUUGCUCACCAACAUCGCACCUCAAGUCGGGGCUGGCAUGAACAGGGACUACUGGGCACAUACCGAGGACUUCGUUCGAAGACUCACGUCGAGGUUUGCCGACCUCUACGUGUUUACCAUUCCACUGUACUUACCGAGGCAGUAUCCGGAUGGUAAAUUCCGUGUGAGUUACGAGGUGAUCGGUAAUCCGCCUAACGUUGCGGUUCCGACGCACUUUGCCAAGGUGAUCCUGGGUAUCGGUCAGCCAAGCCAAGCCAGUGGUGCUCCGGGACCCAAGCCCGAGUGGAAAGGUGGUUUGGGCAACGUCGGUUUGGGAGGCGGAAUCAUGGCGUUGGGCGCUUUCGUUAUGCCCAACAGCGUGAUUCCGAACGAAGCACCUUUGGAAAGCUUUGCAGUGCCCAUUGAGACGGUGGAGAGGGCAGCAGGUCUAACCUUGUUCCCACCAGCGGUCAAGAGUGCUGCCAAGAAACUGUGCGAUACCGUCCAGUGCUCGAUCAUUGUCAGGGAUUUUAGUGACAAGAGCAAGACGUUGACGGCUCCUGCUGCCAAGCCUCUGCCGUUACCUGCGCCGAGCAUGUAG